AGAGAGCUUCAUGACAGUGUUCAGAACAGCGAAGACUGUACUUAGACAGCAAUAUAGAUAGCUAGCCACAGCCAAUUCUUCACUAUAGUGGCAGUAUGAGGGGGGCGCACAGGAUCAGCAGCAGCAGCACGGGAUUGUUUCCAAUUCCAACAAACUGACUACAAACUGCCUUCUCAGCUCAACUGGUCCAGGGACAGAAUUCAUCUGGUCUGCGAUGGGUUUGUUUCCAAAGUCCAAAGACAAGCCCUAAAUUUAAGCCAAAUUGCAUGGCACCAGCAAACCACUACUGCAGUGAAAUGAGUGUGAUUUUUCUGACAUGGAGACAAUUCUGUUUUGAAAAAUAUGAAGAGAACUAGUUGAAAUUAGAGAGAGCUGUCAACUAAUGUUGUCACAGUUUCUCACUGGGACCAAUGCUGUUUCUCAACACAAGGAUGCUACCAAAGCCGAAGAUCUCAUCUAGAACUGUGAAUUGGACUAAAUGAAAGGUGAGAAAAUGCAAGAAGAAGUCAAGAUUUGUUGAAGUCACACUCAGAUUGGUAAAAAGAAAUGAGGACUAUCUUGAGACAACAUGUUAGAAAACUGGACAAAAUAAAGACAGAUUAAAUUUAAUCAAAUCCGAAAUUGGAUGCUUUUCUUGGCUAUUGGCAGGAUCUUCAUGGCUUGGCUGUCUAUCUUUGACACUACAAAACACAACCAGUCAGUUGCCGAGUGGAAGAUAUACACGAAUGAUGAAGCUCUGGUUAAAUCCAACUCAAGGAUUACCACUUCAUACACUGAAGGUGUUUUGAAUCCGUAGUCUGAGUGUGAGACACUUGAGAAGUUGACCUUACUGUAAGUCAAUGGAAAAUUGACUUAUCCUCAGUUACCACUUCUGGCUAUGGUGCAUCAAGCAGAUCGUGCAAAAGUGACUGGAUUUAUCAGUUGUGGUGUCCAAAGUCUUGUGACCCCUGGUGUGUGUUAGUUCAUGUUCAUUGCACAGUCAGUACAUGUGGGUACUAAUAUGGAGGUAUGCUGAGGGUGUCGGGUGUUGCACCAGCUCCAUCAGGCCACAAGUGGCAAUUUCAGUGUUCUGUCGGGGUGGACUGCAGUGAUGCCGAACCUCGCUGUAUCUGGCUGGCAGUGUUAAGGAAUAUUUCACCUCGCGCCUCACCCCGGCGGACAUUCAUUGCAUCACCAAGAAGACGGAGCUCCAAGAGGGUCAUACAGCGCCAUCGAUUGUCCUGGGCUAAAGGGCGGAGAGAUGGCGUGGUGUCAUCCAAUGAGAACAGGCGCUGGCCGCCAUCAUCGGGUGAGGUGGAGGGCGGGUCGUGGCAGGGCCCAAGUACCAUUUUACUCCAGAAGAAUUCACAGGGAUUCGGCUUCACUCUGCGCCACUUCAUUGUCUACCCACCAGAGUCCUCCCUCCACAGCCUCAAAGAUGAAGAGAAUGGAAAUGCUACUGGACCUGCAUGUUGUCAGUGGUCUCGUUUGGAGCCAAUGGAUACCAUCUUUGUGAAGAGUGUCAAAGAAAAUGGCCCUGCCCAACAAGCCGGACUGUGUACAGGGGACAGGUUGGUGAAGGUGAAUGGGGAAAGCAUUCUUGGGAAAACCUACUCUCAGGUGAUCGCACUUAUCCAAAACAGUGAAAACAUUCUUGAGCUCUCAAUUAUGCCAAAAGAUGAGGAUGUGUUGCAGUUGGUAAGUGCAUACUCCCAGGAUGCCUACCUGAAAGGCAACAAGCCUUAUUCAGGUGAGGCCCAGAACCUCCCUGAGCCUCCGCCUCUCUCUUACCCUUCCACAAAGCCCAGUUCCACAGCCCCCCAGCCCAGCCACAACCUCCACAGUCUCCUAGACAACUGGCAGUGCCGAUCUGGCCCCACCACCUCGCAACUGGAUAACCACCAGUCUGCUGCUUCUACCCUCACAUCCGGCUGGCCCGGGGGUCCUGAGGAUUCCAGAGGCCACUUUACCCCAUUGGGACGGCACCGUGGCCGCUCCUCUUCAGCCAUCAAUGUGCUGGACUUUCACUUUUCUAACCACAAUGCUGCCAUUGCCUCUGCAACACUGCCUCCGCCAAGGAAAAGCAGCCUACCGGCUUCUGCCCGUGCCCAUGCCGACACCCUCUGCCACCAGGCUCUGUCAGAGUGGUACUACAGCCAGGCUGAAGCUGCAGAGCACAUGUCCCCACGCCACCGCAGUAUUUCUCAGGAACGUUUAACAGAGCUGGGGCUGGGGUUGGCGCUCGGCCCAGGACCUAUGUCUGCCCCCACAGCGUCGUCAGAGCAACGGAGAAGAGAAACCCUUCUCUACCACCACCAGGCAGCUGCUGCUUCCCAUGAUUCCUAUUGGCUAGGUGGUUGGGGUGGUGUGUCAGGACCAGGAAGCAGGUCAUGCUCAGAGAGCCUACUGGCAGCCUACGCUGAAUACGAGCACAACUAUGGCCGUUCUGUUGAAACACUGGCACAAGCCUCUGUACUGGUCUUACCAUGCUAUGAACACAAUACACAAAACUCCCAAACAACAACAACAAAACCCAGCAAGCAGAUAGACCAGAAAGCCUCAGGGUAUCAGCACCAAACAAUGACAUCCCCCAUCACAACUUCCUCCACAGUGCCACCCAGUGGCAGGCAGUCAGGUCAGCAGGUAGCUGAACCCCAAACAAGACGUGUAAAAGAGGAAGAGCUGGUGAGCUACAAAAGCUACGGUCCUACUUUCUCCCACAAAGCUGGUCACCUCCUCCAGCAGGCCCACUCCUUCAGAGAGCCUACCUACAGCGGCCCCCACCUCAACUGGAGCCCCAGCCGCAGGAGCAGCCUUGCAGACAGCGAGGGGAGGGUGGUACCCAGGCCACAGUCCACACCUGCCCUGUCUGUGUCAGAAGAGGAGAGAGCCCACCUGGGAGAGGACAGGGUGGUCAUCUCUCCUAUCUCACUGAAUCAAGAUGUGGUCCUUAGGCAGAAGCCUCCUUCAGGCUGCCGGACUCCCGUUCAUGCUCUUCAACAUCCCCACUACACAACAGAUAUGGAGUCACCCAAGCCCCCUGGUUUGACACCUUCACCAGGGACCCUCUCUCCUAUCUCUUUGGGACCUGGCUCCAACCGCAGGACCAAUGGUAGCCUGGCACAGCAUGCAUAUGACUCUUUGUCCUCUAUUCCCUUCAUAGAUGAACCUACCAGUCCUAGUACUGACCUACAGGCCUGCUAUGUACCAGCCUGCUCUGUGGUGUCCAGUUCACAGACCUCCACUAUGGCCACCCUCACCUUCACCUCUGUCUCCCCCAUCCUCUCCUCCUUCUCCUCGUUUGUCCGACUUCAUUCUCAGGACUGCAGCAGUAUUAAAGGUCGUCGCUCCUCUUACCUGCUGGCCAUCACCACCGAGAGAUCCAAGUCCUGUGAUGAGGGGCUCAACACCUUCAGGGAAGAAGGUCGUGUCUUCUCCAAACUACCUAAGAGGGUCAAGAGUUUUUUCACUGAUGGGUCCCUGGAGAGCCUGCGAGCUCAGGAGGAGGCCCAGUCCAAGCGCCACUCCACUUCUGAACUGGGGACCAUCACUUUCAGUGAUGUUCGCAAGGAGGGUUGGCUACACUACAAACAGAUCCUCACAGAGAAGGGAAAGAAAGUUGGUGGUGGCAUGCGACCAUGGAAACGUGUCUUUUCUGUGCUCCGUUCCAAUUUGCUCUUCCUCUACAAGGACAAGCGAGAGGCAGUCCUUCACGGGGCAGGGGCAGGGCCCAGCCAGGACGAGCAUCCCCCGGUCAGCAUCCGCAGCUGCCUGAUCGACAUCGCCUACAGUGAAACCAAGCGUAAGCACACCCUGAGGCUCACCACGCAAGACUUCUGUGAGUACCUGCUGCAGGCCGAAGACAGGGACGACAUGCUGGCUUGGAUCAGGGUUAUCAGAGAGAACAGCAAGACUGACAAUGAGGAGAUUGGUUUCUCAAGACAAGCUCUCAUCAACAAGAAGCUGAAUGAUUACAGAAAACACAGUCUGACAGGUAACAAGCCGGAUUCCUCUCCCAGAGUCCACCGUAUGAUGCCCUUCCUCCUGGCUAAGACUGACAACACCUCAGUUAACCGCGCCUCCAGAACUGAUGAUAACAAGGCACUGUGGGGAAUCAACAUCAUGAAGAAAGCCAAGAAGACAGGCAGUCCGAAGGCUUUUGGUGUGCGACUGGAGGAUUGUCAGCCUGCUAUCAACCAUAAAUUUGUCCCACUGAUAGUGGAGAUGUGCUGUGGCGUGGUGGAGACGACAGGUCUGGAGUACACCGGUAUCUACCGGGUACCUGGGAAUAACGCCAUGGUGUCCAACCUUCAGGAGCAUCUCAACAAAGGCAUGGACAUCAACACUGCUGAAGAGAGAUGGCAGGACCUGAAUGUAAUCAGCAGCCUGCUUAAAUCAUUCUUCCGAAAACUGCCUGAGCCUCUGUUUACUGAUGACAAGUACAAUGAUUUCAUUGAUGCCAACCGGAUAGAAGAUGCAGAGGACAGACUGAAGACGAUGAAGAAACUGAUCCAUGACCUCCCAGAUCACUAUUACCACACCCUCAAGUUCCUGGUGGGCCAUCUCAAAAGGGUGGCAGAUCACUCUGAAAAGAAUAAGAUGGAGCCAAGAAACUUAGCUCUGGUGUUUGGUCCCACUUUGGUGAGGACGUCAGAGGACAACAUGACUGACAUGGUCACUCACAUGCCUGACCGCUACAAAAUUGUGGAGACUCUUAUCCUGCAUUAUGACUGGUUCUUCAGUAAUGGAGAGCUUGAUAAGGAAGAGAAGGCUCCAGAGGAUAAGCGGGACAUGCAGCCUGUGCCCAACAUUGACCAUCUGCUGUCCAACAUCGGCAGGCCGGGCAUGCCAGGAGAGGCAUCAGAUUCAACCACCAGUGAUUCACUUAAAUCAAAGCUUUCUUCAGGCUGCAAGAAAGACCUGAAUGCCAGGGACUUCCUACCCAAGUCCAUCAUCUCUGCUGUGACCCGCAAACGUAAAAAAUGCCUUAGUACCCUCUUGCCGGGCAGCAGCGCUGACGAGGACUCCGAGCAUGAGCCAGUCAAGGCCAGCAACUAUGGGGCAGGAGAAGGAGGGGGAGAAGAAGAGGUAGAGUAUAGAGGGGAGGAAGAGGAAGUCAAAGGAGAAAAUAUUAUCCCAAAAAAAGAAAAAUGGGAUGAAAAGGGAAAUAGGUUGAAAGAUGGAGAGACCACAGAGGGAAGUGAUUCAUUGGUCGGAGGAGAGGAGGCUGUAAAUGAUGAAGGGAAGGGAGCAAACAAUGGCACAAAAAAGGAGAGCAGGCAGAGAGUGACCUCGCCAGGAACUCCACUGCAGCUUCGCCCAAACAAUUUUCUCUACUCACACCAUCAAAUCCAUGCCACAUACCCAAGACCCGCACCUGUGAUUAAUCCUCUUUCCCACUUGAGGCCUGACAAUCUAGCAAGAGGAAGCCCCUCUGUCCCUUUCUGGAUCUCCCCCACCAGGCUUCCCAGCUUCGAUCAGGCCUUCAGAUUAAACGGGACCCAGCAGCCAGACCUGAACCAACCUGUACCAGUACGCUACAGGAAGACCAGAGGUGGGAGGACAAGGGCUAUGUCCAUGAAUCUGGACCUUGAGCUAGGCAGGAAGGAGGACAGAAUCAGAGGGGGAAGAGUAGAGAGGGUGGAAGUGAUCAGAGUCAUUGAGCCAGCACCAGGUCAGCAUGGGUGUGUUGGGGUUUCUCAGGGAUCAAUUGUAGGCCCUAACUCAAUUCAGCAAAUAGAUCCCCUCCCUUGUCUUGUCCAAAGGGCUCCCCCUUUCUCCUCCUCUUCCUCAGGAUGGAUAGACCAAAGCUCCCCAGGAUCUUCUACUGUGAGGAGAUCAACCCUGGACCCGCGGGAUAAGAUGCGUGUGUGGCGUCGUCAUACAGUGGUAGUUUAACCUGACUGCUUCAUCUACUAAUGCAGUACUUGCCGUUUACUCACUAACACUGGAUCACCUGUGUCACUGUUUCUAAAGCCAAGUGUCCAUCAUGUUAUUUGGGGGAUCUCAGUUGUCUAAAGACUCUUUCCUCAUGGAUUUUUAUUUACAGUACAGUUGGAGAUGUGAUCCCUCUGUAAAGGAAUUCUUUGACCGUGUCUUUCUGAAAAGAAACAUUCUGCUGUUCAAUUGCAUUUGAAUUUAUAAAUUUUUAAUCCUUUACUCAUGACGUCAAAACUCAAACAACAUACAUAAAGUCCUUCUUUAUACUGCAAGUGUUGCUGGAGUUUUGACCUCAGACUUUUUCUUACACCUUUUUCCACUUUGGAAGUAGGUGAGUUGUGCCAGAAACCUGUACUUUGCUUCUACACUAAUCCUUUACCUACAGAUUGGCUGUUGAUGUAAUCAUCCAUGUCCUUAUACACCGUGCAAAGAACAUUAGGGUUGAAUACUGGGAAUUGAGAUUCUGGUAUUUCCUCUGGCAUUCUCACCUGAAAGACCACUUUUCCAAGGACCCUAGAAUUUAGAAAUAAGGCACAGUCACAUGAGAAAGUGGCACAGUGAAGUCCAUCCUAAUUCCUUACAACUAAUACUAAAAGCUUGGUGGCAUAUUGUGUUCUCACAAGACCUAGUUGGUGAACUAACUGGCUAACCACCUGGAAACAUGCCAACCAUAGUCAGUCACAAUAGUUCCCUGUAAAAGGUAGCAUGUUAAAUGACUGUUAGCUUGAUAGCGACAGGACAAUAGUUCACAUAGUUUAUAACCAUCUACAGACCAUUACCCCUCUGUAUUGCAUUUUACUAGGUUUAUCAAAAAAACUACAAUAGCUUCCACUAUUCUGGACUUUCAAAGUGAUAACUUUCAAAAUGGUUUGCUAUUAGUCUGUGGUGUUAAGUUUAAGUACUUUGUAAUAGUCUGAAGGUAGUUUGUAGAUUGAAUUCACUGUGAUCCACCAGCAAAUUGCAACAUUUCCAUUCAAGUAAAUGAUGAUAGAUGAUAGAUUUUGCUGCAAAAGUCAAGCCAUUUUAAAUGGUAGUGUGUCUGUGCCUUUACGGCAGUAUAACUGGUUAUACUUUUCACCAAAAAUGGUUUCAUCACCUGCAUAUCAAAAGAGAGUUGUACAGUCAGUUGCAAAGCAGUGUUCAAAAGAGGGAACAUAAAUGCAAAAGAUCAUCCCCAAAAAUAUGUCCAAGAGCAAUGCACCAGAAUCCAGUAGAACAACAUGCUUUAAUGGCUGCAUCACAGCAUUUUCUGCUUCUAUAUAUCCUCCUCAGGUCAGUUCUAUGAAGAUGGUCAGACAUUCCUGUAUAACCACUAACUCUAACUUAAUACUGGAAAUAGGAUAAUUUUGAGGAAAAAAACAAACAGAAUCAAACCAUGGUAUGGAGGGUUGGCUUUGGUUUUCCGUUCAAAAGGUGUAUUCUAAUUUUUAAAUCUAUCUUAAUUUAGGAAGUAAUUCUAAAAUUAUUAUUAUUAUAAUUAUUAUUAAGUAACUUUUAAACAAUCCAGUGGAAAGUUGGAGCAGUCAAUGUUUUUGCAGUCAAGUCAGAGAAAAAAAGUCCUAAACAUGGGGGCAUAUAUUUCUAAAAUAAUUUUUGGCAUGAAUAAAGAGAGAAAGCAAGUCAGAUUACAUAUUUGAAUCGAACUCCAGAGUGCAGCUGCUGCUGUUCCAGCAAACCUUCACCAGCAAACAAUUCAGCAAAGUCAUCAUCGGCCACGUUUUUCAUUUCCAACCUACAAUUAUGCUAUACAUACAGAAUGUUGUGGUCUUCCCCAACUAGUUUUCACUUUUUAAUUAUGUCAUUGAUGGUAUCCACAUGGGCAAACAUCACAUUGCACACUUUUCAGCCCUUUACAAGCUCUUCCCAAUCUUCCAGUGGAUCUACAGGGAUCUUCAGUGUUCCAUGGGAGCAAAACAAACUCACUCGACUCGCUCUCUGGACAAUGUGACUUGGGCAUCAUGCCAGAGCUUUCAUGGUCUAACACACAGCUUGCAUGAGGUCAAUGACAUAAAAAUAUGCAAAGUGUUCAACACACGCCUGUUGUACUUUUCUGUAUGUGUGUGUUUGGAGAGACAGGCCAGAGGUUACUGAUGCCUGUUUUAUCAAAGGAACAAAGUGUUUGAGGCAGCUAUGUGAAGUCAUGCCAAAAUUUUUUUUUUUUUUUUCCUAUUUGGGUAAUUGUACAUUAUGAACAGUAUGGAGGGAAAGUGAGCUUCAGUGUUACUCCAGCUGAUACAUUACAUCAGUGUUAUAAAGAUAGCAUUGCCAUGGGAGCAGAUGAAAGUGAGCAAAUAACCUCUUGAAAUCCAAGACCAGAGUCUUACUUAAGUGAUAUUCUUGCAUUUUUCCUUUUCACAUUGUCAGUGUGCUCCUUCCCAGAACUGUAGAGUCUGAAAAAACAAAAUGGAGCUGAACCUAAAUGUCAUGCCAACCACUGUCGUCCAGCCAGACUCCAUGUUGGUCUUAAUCAUAUCUAAAUUCAGUCUUCUCAGUCCUUCUCUCUAACUGUGCCCUUGUGCAUGUACUUUAUGUAUGUGUGUGACUGUGUGGACCAAUUUUUGUAACAGCUGUACAAAGCCUUGUUAAGUUAACCUGUGUAUAUAAAUAUUAUACAUAAUAUAUUAAAUUAUUUGUUUUGGAAAUGGA